AUGCAAGUUGGCAGGUGGCUGCUCUGGGUGACCUGGCUCUAUACCUGGGCGGAAGGGUCACGCCAGUGUCAGUGCCAAUGCACCUGUAUACCUGAGCCGGGACUGGCCGAGGGGUCAAAGACACCGGUCAAGGAGCAUGACCGUCAUCGAUUGGAGCACCGGCAGCAUCGGCCACACAGGGACAAGCCACACCGGAGAAAAGGUUCCAGACUGAGGACGGAUGUGGUGGAGGUGCCCCCGCGGAUUGUCCACCACCCCUCAGAUGUGGUGGUCAAGGUAGGCAGCCCCGCCACCCUCUCCUGCCGCGCCGACGGCACACCCGAGCCCUCCAUUGAGUGGCUCCGCAAUGGCCAGCCCCUGGAGAUGGACAAGCUGGACAGCCAAUCGCGGCCCAUCGUCCUGUCGGAGGGCAGCCUUUUUUUCCUCAGCGUGGUGCCAGGGAGGCGGAGUCAGUCACAUGAGGGCGUGUACGCGUGCAUGGCAAGGAACAGCGCUGGCAAGGCCACCAGCCGCAACGCCUCCCUCUAUAUCGCAGCUCUGCGUGAGGACUUCCGGGUGCAGCCCAGUGACGUGGAGGUGGCUGUGGGGGAGGUGGCGGUGCUGAACUGCAGCCCGCCGGUGGGCCACCCCGAGCCCAAUGCCACCUGGAGAAAAGACGGGGUCCCCAUCAACCACACAAACCCGCACUACACUGAACUAAAUGGGAAGUUGAUAAUCGCCCCAGCCCAGAAAAAUGAUUCUGGCGUGUACAUCUGUGUGGCCUCCAACACUGUGGGAGUAAGAGAGAGCAGGGCCGCCCGCCUGUCUGUCUUAGCCAAGCCAGUGUUGGUGCUGAAGCCUCAGGAUGUGUUGGUGGGGACAGGGGAGUCUGCCCAGUUCUACUGCGAGGCUAAAGGAGACUCCAUGGCUGCUGUGGAGUGGAGCCGUGAGCAGGGCCCUCUGCCCAACGGCAGGUAUCUAGUGAAUCCUGACCAGAGCCUCCAGAUCCACUACGUGACACCACAGGAUUCUGGGAGGUACACCUGCACAGCUGUCAACGACGUGGGGGUGGUCACCGCCAGCGCACAGCUAGUGGUGGAGGGAGCUGCAAGCACCAGACAGAGGGACCUUCACAGAGAGUUGUCGGACCUGCGCAUAGCUCUGGAGAAUGUGACGGUGCUGACUCCAAACUCCAACAUGUCCCAAGUGCAGUGGAAGCUCCAGUCUUUCCCAACCCAGCCUCAAUACCUGGAUGGUUUCGAGGUCCUCUGUCGCUCUCUCUUGCCUGCCAGUUCGGACUGGGCUGCUAAGAGGGUGCCACUACCCAACUUUCAAACACUGGUCGGCCCGCUCAAGAGGGGCUACAAGUAUGAGUUCAAAGUGCGUCCCUACGGCAGCAGUUUGUAUGGCCGGGAGAGCAACACCAGGCACCUGCGUGUACCUGAAACGGUGCCUAGCGCCCCACCUCAGGCCGUCUCCAUAACAAUGGCCCCUGACCACAAUGACACGGUCUAUGUGACCUGGGAGCCUCCACCCCACAAAGCUCACAACGGCAUCAUCCAGGGAUACCAGUUGUGGUUUGUGCAGUUGGAGGAGCAGCAGUACCUGAACUGGACAGUGGAUAGUGGGACCCACAGUCUGGAAAUAAACCCUCUGUACCCAGGCAAAGAGUACUGGGUCCAGGUGGCAGCAGUCAACGGAGCUGGCGUCGGGGUGCAGAGUGACCCCCAUAGACUGGUCAUAGACUCUCGGAGGUCCGGGGCCCCCCAGUCAGACAGCCCCAGUAGGGACCUGACUCAGGUCCUGGCUGUGCUGAGGGACCCUGUGUUCAUCGGAAGCGUUGGCACCCUCCUGUGGUGCGUCCUAAUGGGGAUGGCCUUCUGCCUGUACCGCCACCACACCCGACCCGGCGACCACCUGGGACGAGGCCACGGUUUGUACAGGUUGGCCAGUGAGGACCUAAUCAUCAAACACCGAAUGGCGGCCCCAGACUCACCAUGGAUCUCGGGUGCGUGGAGACCGGCCCAGAGUGGCGAGAAGUACCAGGGCAUGUGGGCUCAGAGCCAGGAGAACCCCGUCUUCAGGAAGACCAAGUUGCCAAUCACAGCCAAGAAGGACCCCGGCUCCCUGGACUCGGCUGUCCCCAUCGUGCCCGACAGCUGCGGUGUCUAUGGGACGUUCUACGUGGACCUGACGGGAAACGGCCUCAAGACCUUCAACAGCCCCACCCGAUGCCCUAAGAGGCCCCACUGCCACACCUCCUCCUCCUCACACUACUCCCAGCACGGCGCAGAGGCGGUGCGUACCGCUGUCAAGACCACGCUGGUCAAGGAUGGACAGGCCCUGCCCCCAGCCCAGCCCAAGAUGGGCGUGCUCAAGGAGUCAUGGGAGAAGAAUUACAAACGAGAGCUCCAUGCAGUGAACAGCGCCCCCUUGGUGUCAUCGAGGAGCCAGGCGCUGGCUGUGAGGGGAGUGCCUUACAAACAGAGGCUCAGCCACCUCCCACCAGGUGGGCGCUCAGAGUGCGUCAAGCCCCUGGCGUCGUCCCGCUUCCUGCACCACUCAGCCUCACUGCACUUGGUGGACAUGCUCCCCACCCCGCCUCCGCUGCCCAUGGACGACACCACUGACACACACAGCCUCACCUCAGAGGAAGGGUCCAGCAGGUCCACUAAGCUGAUGGUGGAUGACGGGUCUCACCAGUCUGUGUGUGCUGCGUCCGGUCUCCGUGGCCCCCCAUCCAACACCACGGGCUUCCCCUCCUACAGCCGCCUGUCCACUGCCUCUUACUGCCUGUCAUUAGACGAGGAGCAGGACACGACAAUGACCUCACAGGAAGUCACCCAGUACCUGGAGCUCAACCCCAAGGCCGAGAGGCGCAGCACAAUGCCGGAGAAUCCUCCUUCCUCCUCCCUGUCCCGCCCUUUCUCCCCCACUCCCACUUUGGGCUACAUCUGUGGGCUCCUUCCCUCCGACCAACUGGAGGAUAGGUUGACUGACGACCAGGAGUCCCAGCCAAUGGGCUCUCGACGGGCCCGGCUCCAGAGCACACCCUUGUCGCUCUGCAGUGAAUGGGAGGGCUCGCUGUGGAACGGCUGGGGGUCGGUGCCAGAGGGCAACAUGGCUAACAGCACCCGCACCAGCUUCAUCAGCUCGUCGGACGGCAAAUUCAUGAGCGAUGCCAACUUUGCCUGCGUGCUGGCCACUGUGGCCGCAGAGUCCAUGAGUGGAGCCUCGUUCUCAGACUUCUCUCCCCCGGCGUUGCCCCUCAGUGCCCUGUUCCCUCCGGCUCCAGAUGAAGGAGCGGAGUGUUUCGGGGAGCUGGAUCCCAUGCCCGUUUGGGACUGGAGUACAACCUGGGUGGAGGAGAUGGAGGCGCAGUACCGCGCCCAGUACACCUCCCAGGCAGAUACACCCCCCGCCUGCAACACCUGGGGGCAUCGUCGUGCUGACCAUCACUGUGAGGACCGCCGAGCCACCGGAGGGGGUAGGGUUUGA